UCCACAUCAAACGAUACCAAUUUACAUCAAACAGAUAUGAUCAAUGAUGCGUUUCUUCAACUCAUUCUUCAGGCCAGCCAGUUUUCAAAAAAGCAGAUUGUACCAGAAACUCUCAAAAUGGAUACGAGUCGUAUGAUUUCCUUUUACAACGAUUGGCAAGAUAUUACAAUCCUAUCUUCCCUUUUGGUGAUUUUCCGACAAGCUGCUGGCCCAAAAUGCAUAUCGCACAUGGACGAGGCAAAAAAGAUGCUAUGGGUAUUGCUCAAUGAUUCCGACACUACCAUGUCGCAUAUAUCGCUGCAGGUAGCUCACACGGCCGGCAAAAUUCGAGAAAAGCCAUUCACGGAGAAAGAAACAGAGAUGGUCAGCAGCAUGAUGGAAAAAACACUUGCACCCAACAGUAAACUUUACGAUCUGAUUCAAAAACGGGUUGGCGAGAAUCUCAAAAAGGUGAUUGUAAAUGGUGUUACGGAUAAAGAUAUGAUGGGAAAGCAUGGACUAGCACAGCUCGAGACGGAAGUGUUGGAUCUGGGAAUACGAAUUCGAAAAGUCAUGGAAUUGAAUCGAGCAGUGUUUGGAAGGUUGUAUAUUGCACUUUUAGAUGAUAUUACUGCAGGUGCUGAUGGAGUCACUUCUCCCAGUGCAGCAGCAGUACUGUCAGGCUAGACAGAUGAAGCUGAAUGUCAGAUCGUGCUAAACUUUCAAACUCAAUUGAAACAAUUACUAAUAAUAAAGAGUGUCAAGUUU